AUGAGCCCUCUUUCGAAUGAUCUUGAUCGACCAGAAAGAGUGAUCAACGGUCCGCGUCCUUCGCCUUUGAAGAUCAACAAGCAUUCGAAUGCAAUUCAAAAACCACCACAUCAUCACCGAAAGCUCCCCGUGAUAAUUUACGUGCAUUCUCCGAAGAUCAUCCACACGAAACCUAGUGAUUUUAUGGCCUUGGUCCAAAAGCUUACCGGCUCAAUUCAACGAAACGAAAAUGCACUCAAUGAUCAAAACUCGAAUUCGAAUAAGAACUUAAUUGUUGGUGCAAUUUACAACGAGAAAGAAGAGUCAUCUUCAGGUGUUGCGGAUGAAAUGAAUGAUGCAAAUGGUGAUGUGAAAGAGGCUUCUUCUACGGUUCCUCCUGCGAAUCGUAAUCGCGAUUUUUUGAAUGAUUUUCCUUUAUAUACACCGAAUUAUUAUCCGGGUGAUCAUGUUUUGAGAUAUUCGGAUAUGGUGUUUCAAUCUCCGAACAUGGGCAAUAUGUUAACGCUUUCUCCAUCGUUCUUGGAGGUGAUGAAAGAUCUUCCCCAAUAUUAA